UUAUCGCCCUCGCCGCCGCUUUCCUAAACCUUCCUCCUCCUCUUCCGCCCACCUCGCCGCCGCCGCCUUUCCGAAGCUCCCCAAAACCACCGGCGGCGGGGGAGGCGCGUCGCGUCGCGGCGCUGCCAGCCGGAUUAUGUGGGCUCUGCAGAGCCUCCGCCGAAGCCUCCCGCGGGCGGCAGCCUCCUCGUCGUCGCUCCACCGGUGGUGCGGUGUCCCGUCGAUUAGCCCCCCCGAGGGGUUCGCAGCGAGGGGAGGAGCGGGUGAGGCGGCGUCGGUAUCAGGCGCGUUGGUGCCGGCGGUAGAGGGCGGCGGAGGAGGGGUAUGCCGGCGGCUGAUGUCGACGACCAAGGGGAGGAGCAUGCGGAGCAAGGUGGAGAAGCGGAUGGCCAGGGAGACCGGCCGCACGCAGCGGGAGCUGCGCCGCGCCGUCAAGCUCAGGAAGAAGCUCAUGACCGACGACGAGAGGCUCAUCCACAGCAUGCGGAGGGCCAAGAAAAAAGUUGCUUUACUUCUACAAAAGCUCAAGAAGUAUGAGCUACCAGACCUACCAGCUCCUCGCCAUGAUCCAGAGCUGUUAACAGCUGAACAACUACAGGCUUACAAGAAGAUUGGAUUCAGAAAUAGAAAUUAUGUCCCUGUUGGAGUUCGUGGAGUUUUUGGAGGUGUUGUUCAAAACAUGCAUAUGCAUUGGAAAUUCCAUGAGACAGUACAAGUUUGCUGUGACAACUUCCCGAAGGAAAAAAUUAAGGAAAUGGCAGCUAUGCUGACAAGAUUAAGUGGUGGCAUAGUGGUUAACAUUCACAAUACCAAAACAAUUAUCAUGUUUCGAGGAAGAAACUACCGUCAACCAAAGAACCUCAUACCUUUUAACACACUUACCAAAAGGAAGGCUUUAUUCAAGGCUAGAUAUGAGCAGGCUCUUGAAUCGCAGAAACUAAAUAUCAAGAAAAUAGAGACACAACUUCGUCGCAAAGGUAUCAACCCAGAGGACCCAGUUGCCAUGGCCAGCAUCCAGCGAGUUGCCUCAACAUUCUUCCGAGCCAUAGAUGAGCAGCAAGGUACUCCCUAUGUCUUCCGUGGGGAUGCACAACCUACUGCUGGUACUACUGAAAUAAAAGAACCACAUGAUCAGCAAUCUGAGGAUAGCGAGCAGGAGGAGCUUGACCACUUCAUUGCAGAAAUAGAAAGUGCAGCAGAGAAGCAAUGGGAGGAAGAGGAGGCAGCAGAGAAAGAAGAAACUUCAAGGCUGCAAUAUCGGUACAGAGAAGAGAUGGGUGAUCGGAGGGGUUUCAAUAGAAGCUAUGACAACUCAGAUGCUGAUGAUAGAAACCAGGGGAGAUACAGGAGAGAUAACAACAACCACAAUAAAUGGACCUCAGAUUCCAGGAGAUGGGAUGAUGAUAGUGAGAUAGAGGCGUCAGGUGAGGAUGUUGACAACCACAGCGGUUUCAGUAGAAGAUAUGACAACUCAGAUCGUGAGGAUAGAAGUCAGGGAAGAUACAGGAGAGGUAGCAAAAACAUUAAAAGGACAACAGAUUCCAGGAGGUCGGAUGAUGAAAGUGAGGCGUCAGGCGAGGACUGGGACUCUGAUGAUGGCAGGGAUGGUGUGGUUGGCUUUGAUAACGCGAGAGAUACACCUGAUGAACAUCCUCGACGAUUUGAAAGCAUGAGACAUGAGAGGAGCAGAUCCACUCAUCGGCAGAAUUAUAUGCCUGGGGCCUCCAGAAAUUCCAGUCGGACUUUAAAGAAUUCAGUUAGUGUUUCUGAUGACAGUGGGGAUGAUCAUUCAGACACCGAAGACGAUGAGGUAUGGGGAUCAGAUUACAAGGAAGGGACAAACUCGAGAGACCCAAAGGUGAUUUUUCCUAAUUACCAUAGUGGCAGUGAGGAGGAUACUGACGACAACUGGAAGCAUGGUGGCAAGCCUGGCCAAAUCAAGAAAAAUACUGAUGAGGACUGGGACAGUGACUGAGAAACAAAAAAACUCUCAAAUAUUGAUCAUGGCUUCUAUCGGUUAUACCCAUCCAUCGAGGGACUGCUGGAACAAGGGUAACAGGCUUGGUUUUUGCGAGAGCAUCCAUUUCAGCUGUUCAGGCAGUGCUUCUCUGAGUCCGUUUGAAAUCAUGCCGAGCUCAUAAGUUGUUUGCAUCUCGAAAUGCGUCUUUGACAGUAGUAUUGCAGGCACACAUCCUCGAAGCAUUCUACUUGCUGCACAACAGCCAUGUGACCAUAAUAGGAUGACAAGGUAUUUGAUGUUCCAUGCCAGAGAGAGAGUGUGUGUGUUUGGUAAUUUCAUCGGUCAAAGGGACCUGGAAGUUCUGGACAUUUUAAUUUCUUUUUCUGGGAUCAUCAUUUAUAAGAAGAGCACAUUUGCUGUAAACAAAAGCUUGCACAUAGAUAUAGCUGAAAGGCUGCUUGUUGUAUCCCCUUGAGGCACAAAUUCAUUUCAUUCAUUGUGAGAUGCUUACUCAUAACGCUGGGACCAUUCAUCUUAGGACUUGAUUUUGUCAUCUUGUGUUGUUGACAAUAUCUGCGAGUCCGAUCCAUGUUUCAGAAUGUAUUUUACAACCAUAUUGCUCGGAAAAUAAUAAUUCUGUUGAACUCA